AUGCCUCAUCAAAAUGACGAUGACGAUGAAGAAGCUGAUGAUUCCAUUCAGGAGGGUAUCUACCGUCCAUGGAGCACAUAUCUCUGCAGCUGUCAGGAGAACUGUAUGAAUUGUCUGUGUGUUCCAACUUUCCUCCCCUGCUUUAUGUGUGAACUGCUUCACUACGUAUUCGGACUUGGGUGGUUUCGCGCAUUUGGUCUGGGUAUUCUCCUAACUCCAGUAGCCCCUUUCCUUGUCACUGUUGCACGCAUACGAAUCCGGAAGAAGCAUCAACUUCAGGGCAAUAUUUGUGUUGAUGUGUGCUGCACCACGCUAUGCUUUCCCUGUUCGGCAUGUCAAGUGCGUGAUGAGAUUGUUACUCUGCGAAGAGACCACCGCUGGCGCCUCGCCCAUCCCUCACCCCCAGGACAACCGAAGCAUUCACCCUACAUUGCGCCUUUCUGUGAGGCAUUUGCUAACCGCCACAAACGCGUUCCCAGAAGUGAUAGUGACAUUGGCAGCAGUAGUGUUAGUAGUGGCAGCAGCUCUAUAUCUGACAGCGAUGCGACCUCCUCUGAUAGCAGUUCAGAGGAAGGCAGUAGUUCAGACUCAGAGGAUAUCAGGAGGGAAAGGAAAAGAUAG